GUCUUCCUAGGGAAGGGAGCUUGCUCUGUGAUCCUCGGCGACCGGGCUGCUCCGCCUAGCAGGCACUGUGGAGCCCAGCCAUCCCAGGUCGGAGUGUGCCCGGUGUGGUACCCAGGCAGGGAGACACGGGCUGUCAAGUUGGUGAUUGGUCAUAACGCUUUCAGUGGCGUUGUCAGAUGUUACAAAAUUGACACUGAAGUUGUUGCCUUCCACAAAGAAGUGGAAACCGUGUUCUUUGUAUCUAUGUAUUCACUUUUUCUUUUAACUAAUUUCCAUACAGUAAAAUUUCUUGAAGUAAUCAAGCCCUUCUGUGUUAUCUUGCCUGAAAUCCAAAAGCCAGAACGGAAGAUUCAGUUUAAGGAAAAGGUACUAUGGACAGCUAUCACACUCUUCAUCUUCUUAGUAUGCUGCCAGAUUCCCUUGUUUGGUAUCAUGUCAUCAGACUCGGCAGAUCCUUUCUACUGGAUGAGAGUGAUUUUGGCAUCAAAUAGAGGUACAUUGAUGGAGCUGGGCAUUUCACCUAUUGUCACUUCCGGGCUCAUUAUGCAGCUCUUGGCAGGUGCUAAGAUAAUUGAAGUUGGUGACACCCCAAAGGACAGAGCUCUUUUCAAUGGAGCACAGAAAUUGUUUGGAAUGAUCAUUACCAUCGGACAGUCUAUUGUCUAUGUAAUGACUGGAAUGUAUGGAGACCCAUCUGAGAUGGGUGCUGGUAUCUGCUUGCUUAUCACAAUUCAGCUUUUUGUUGCUGGAUUGAUAGUUCUGCUCUUGGAUGAGCUCCUACAGAAAGGAUAUGGUCUCGGUUCUGGCAUAUCUCUCUUCAUUGCUACCAAUAUCUGUGAGACUAUUGUGUGGAAAGCAUUCAGCCCCACCACGGUGAACACAGGACGAGGCAUGGAAUUUGAGGGAGCCAUCAUUGCUCUGUUCCAUCUUUUGGCUACUCGUACAGACAAAGUCAGAGCUCUUCGUGAGGCCUUUUACCGUCAGAAUCUCCCCAACCUUAUGAAUCUGAUUGCCACCAUCUUUGUCUUUGCUAUUGUAAUAUAUUUCCAGGGCUUCAGAGUGGAUCUUCCUAUCAAAUCUGCUCGCUACCGUGGCCAGUACAACACCUACCCUAUCAAGCUGUUCUAUACUUCCAACAUUCCCAUUAUUCUUCAGUCCGCCCUGGUGUCAAACUUGUACGUCAUCUCCCAGAUGCUUUCUGCUCGCUUCAGUGGCAACUUACUGGUUAGCCUGCUGGGCACUUGGUCUGACACGUCAUCUGGAGGCCCUGCUCGUGCUUAUCCAGUUGGUGGCCUUUGUUAUUAUCUGUCACCACCAGAGUCCUUUUCUUCGGUGUUAGAAGACCCCGUACAUGCAGUUGUUUAUAUAGUAUUUAUGUUGGGCUCCUGUGCUUUCUUCUCUAAGACGUGGAUUGAAGUCUCUGGCUCCUCUGCCAAAGAUGUGGCCAAACAAUUGAAAGAACAACAAAUGGUAAUGCGAGGCCACAGAGAAACCUCAAUGGUACAUGAACUAAACAGGUACAUCCCUACAGCUGCUGCAUUUGGUGGUCUCUGUAUUGGUGCACUCUCUGUGUUGGCAGACUUCCUUGGGGCAAUUGGGUCUGGAACUGGAAUUUUGCUUGCUGUCACUAUCAUUUAUCAGUACUUUGAAAUUUUUGUAAAGGAACAGAGUGAAGUUGGCAGUAUGGGAGCUCUUCUUUUCUAAACCUAGCUUCUCAUGGACCCAGGAAAGAGGGGAGGAACAUUCUCAAAAUAUAGGUGGUCAGGUGAAAAGUAGUAAUGUAAACUUGAUAUGGUCAUUCUAUAAGAACACAUAUUUUAAUAAUGUUUCCAAAGCGCAUUCCCUUAUGUUCAAACUUUUCUAGCACACUGUUUGCAUUUUAUAAAUUGAUGAGGAAAAAUGUGCAAAAAAUUUUUUUAAGAUAAUUGUUUUUUAAUUAUGUGUUAGGAGAAUCAGCUUUCUGAAUUGGGUUUAGUUCAAUGACUCUUGAAAUUUUUUUGAGCCCCU